CUUUUGUUUGCCACCCAGGCAAAAUGGCAAACUUGUCAGUCACGUGUUCUGGAAUGGUUCGUAUCAAGGAAGACCGAGAUUCAUCAAACCUUAUAUUUUCCUUGUCUGAGAUAAAAACGUUAGAAGAAAGCUAUUUUUCUUCUACAGACCCAAUACAAGCAUUCGACAAACUGUGGCUUCAUGGAAAUAAACAUCAGUGCAUUUAAAUUUUACACAGGCUUACUCUUAAAUACCCGUAUUUUAACGGAUUGUCUUAGUAUGACAUUUUUGUCCUUUUUAAGAUUGUAUUAUAGUAUCUGAUUAAUAGUUAUCGCAGGUGAAAUUUGGAAAUUAUAAUCGAGACUUAUCGGAAAUCCAGACUGCAGCUAUCUUCAUAUCACUUAUAUUUUAAAAAUAUAACCUCAAAGAACCUAAGCAAAAUAUCCAAACAAUCACAACAUUAUAUAUUAUAAUUGUGUGGAUGAAAUGGAAUCAGAAAUAAUUACGCUCGCCAAUCAAAUGUGUAGAACAUGUUUACGAGAAGAAGCAGACAAAAGUAUAUUUGAUCUACAUAAACCAUCUUCAACAGAUUUUGCUUCAAUUUUAAGAUCUUUUAUUCCUAUUGAAAUAAAUAACGGUGAUGGAUUACCAAAACAUAUAUGUAAGAAGUGUUUAAAAAUUCUCCUCAGUUUUCAGAAGUUCAAAAUAAGUACUAUGGAAAAUGAUUUAAAAUUGAGAAAAGUUUUGGAAGAAAAAGUAAAAAAGAGAGCAAAUCAACAAGCUAUUUACACCAUUCAAUCAAUGGAUGUUAGUAUCGAUGGAUCAAAGGAACAGAUUGUAAGUGAUAUAAUACCUUUGGAACAAACUUUUGAAGUAAUCUCUGCUGUUGUUAUUGAUAAUACUAAAUCCCCACCUGUGCCAAAAGAAUCAAUAGAGAACAAAAAUAUGAACAAUGAUACUCUGAGUACAGAUGAUCUCACUUUUGUAACAGAUUCGGAUUCUUCUGAAUAUGAUAAGGACAUUUGUAAAUCAGGCAAAAAUAUGCAUUUGAAGGUUAAAACUGGUGUGAAAUGCAAUAUUUGUGACAAAGUUUUAGGUUCAAAGGGAAAUCUUAAUCAGCAUAUGGCAAUACAUGGUAAAAAUCGACCUUACUCGUGUAAUGUCUGUGAUAAAAAGUUUACUAGGGCUGAUCAUGUUUUAAUACAUAAAAGGAUCCAUACAGGGGAACGGCCACAUAAAUGUUUGAUAUGUAAAAAAACGUUUAUUCAAUAUGCUACGUUAAAGGCGCAUUUAGGUACUCACAGUAAUGAGAAACCGCACAUGUGUACGGUGUGUGGAAAGUCAUUUAAACAAGCUGCUUCUUUAUCUAGUCAUAAUCGAAUUCAUACAGGAGAAGUGCCGUUUGUUUGUGAAUUGUGUGGUAAAGGAUUCAGAACUGGUGGAACUCUAAGCAUACAUAUGAGGUUCCAUUUGAAUGAGCGUCCCUAUAUUUGUAUCUAUUGCGACAAAACAUUUGUCACUAGCUCUCAUUUGAGAGUCCAUCAUAAAUCUCACACUGGGGAAAAGUCACAUAUUUGCAUUAUAUGUCACAAAGCGUUUACUCGAAGUGAACAUUUAAAAUCUCAUUUGGUCAUUCAUAGUGGUAGAAAACCGUACCAGUGUAUUAUGUGUCCCAGGAAGUAUACUCAAAGUAGUCACUUGAGAAGACAUGUCAAAACAGUUCAUGAAAAUAAGAUAUGAAAAAAUUGGUUGAUUGGAACAUUUGGGUGUAAGACAACAGGAGCUAUGAUAUAUCAUUUAAUGAUAAGACUUAAAAUCAGUACUGUUACUUUAAACACACAUAAAAAUAUUUGGACUGCAAUUAUCAAAAUAUUUCAUUCAUAUUGAAGAAAAGGGCGUUAGCAGUAAAUUAACUCAUCUGAGCCUUAUCGUUCGAGUAAAAAUUAAUAUAAUUUCUUAUUAUGUCCCCCAUUAAGGUUUCCUAAUGGCUAAUUUGUUGUAAAAAAGAAACUAUAAGUAAUAAAAUUAUAUUCGAAUCAAA